AUCUGCAGCCGUUAUCUAAUCCAUCUCUUUCUGGCUUUAACCAUAAUGAGCCGUAGUAUUAUAGUGAAGAGAUGGCACCGAUUGUUUCUGAUAACUACCAGAACUACCAGUAGCUUUGGUACUGCUAUUAGUAGUUUUGAUACUGAUGCUGGUACAGGUACAGGUACUAAUAGUUCUGGUAGUGGUAGUGGUUCUGGUCCUUUGGGUGUAGAAGGUAGACUCCCCGGAGGAUCAAAUGAGUAUCAUGCCGAAGCAGUUACUAUAACUGACCCAUUCCUUUUAUAUCAGAAUUACGUCCAUCUGGGAGUAUUACAGAAGGAUGAGUUCCAACUUCGAGUCAUGAAAGAGUUUCAGAAAUUAUACCAUAGAGUAUUGGACUAUACACCUCCUGAAGAACUUCAGAUUAAAAUUAGUUUAAUAUUAAAGCAGAUUGAAUUAAAACACUUAGAGGCUCGAGCUCGUGAAGAAGGGGUUAGUUUCUUACCUCGAAGACUAUCCAAUUUAUCCAAAGUAUUCCAAAAGGAUCCUACUCAUGAAAAGAAUCAACUAGUAAAAUAUAUAACUGAUGAAGAAGAGUUAUAUAACUUUGCAUCUCCUCGUGGAUUAUUGGUUAAUGGAGAAGUUGGAUGUGGUAAAUCUAUGUUAAUGGAUAUAUUUGCUGCUUCCUUACCUCAUAAAUCUAAGAUGAGAUGGCACUAUAAUAAUUUUAUAUUAUGGGUAUUUACAGAAAUGCAUAAAAUUCAACAAGAAAGGUUAUUUAUGUAUAGUGUUCAAGGUGAAAAUCAGAAGAUUACUAUGGAGAAUGAAUUUGUUUUAUUUGAAAUCGCUCAGAAAAUGAUUAAAAAGAAUACUAUAUUGAUGCUUGAUGAAUUCAUGCUUCCAGAUAUUGCAUCUGCCAAUAUUAUUAAAAUCCUCUUCACUUACUAUUUUAAGCUUGGUGGUGUUUUAGUGGCCACAUCUAACAAAUUGCCUGAAGAGUUAUAUUCCAACGAAUUUCAGAAAUCUAAAUUCGAUACAUUUGUAAGGAUUCUCAAUACUAGAUGUGAUUCAGUAGAUGUGAAAUCUGUAAAAGAUUAUCGAUCUGAGUUUGCAUCUGUAGCAGGACAAGAUCCUCAUUUAGUUGAUAAACUGAAGAAUGAGUCACAUGAACAAGAAUGGAUCAAACUUAUAAAGACCCAUGUACUCAAAUUAGAUCCUUCCAAUCAAGUUCCAUUACAUCAACUUGGAAGUCCUUCAUCUUUCUCAGUAUAUGGUAGAACUACACAUAUACCAUUAACAUUCAAUAAUGAUACAGUAUGCUAUUUGGAUUAUUCAUACAUAUGUCAAGGGUUAUUCUCAUCUUCUGAUUAUAUAACUCUUGCUUCUCGGUAUAAAACAGUCAUAUUGGACAAUGUACCUAUCAUGACUACUAAGAUGAAAAAUGAAGCUCGUCGAUUUAUAACUUUACUUGAUGCUAUUUAUGAAGCCAAAUGUCAAUUCUUUUUAAGAAGUGAAGUUGAUAUCGAUUAUAUAUUCUUUCCGGAUGCUUCAGAUGUUAAAGAUCCUAUAAUUUUAGAAAAACUUAAGAAUUUGGAAAUAAAUGAUAAUUCCCUUGAUGUUCAAAAUGAAGAGAUGUAUGCCAAGACUAAAAUAGCGAUGGAGAGUCCUUAUAGACCUAAUAUUGCUUCUUAUGAUGAACAAAAGAUGUCACAUUAUAAUGAGUCAGCGACUAAGAAAUCAUCACAAUCUGAUACUUUUAAAGAUAUGAGAGCAUUUACAGGAGAUGAUGAGAAGUUUGCCUAUAAAAGAGCCGUUCUGAGAAUUAAAGAGAUGUUAUUUUCCGAAACUUGGAGAUCUACUGAUAGAUGGGUCCCCAUACAUCCCAGUAUGAGACCAUGGGAAAAGUCUAAUGAGAGUUCUGAACUAUUUCCUACAUCCCAACCGGAAUUGCGCCCCACAGAAACUCAACAAGUUCCCACUAUAUCCAAGGAAAAGCUUAAAAACUCCUUACCCCGAGAUUUGGCUAUAGCUUAUAAUAUACCAUUCCGUAUAUUUAAUUCACUUGUAGCUCCCAAAUUUGAUUGGAACCAUUUUUGGGCGAUGGGUCAAUGGAAUAGUCAAAAUAAACGACUCAAAGAUAAUAUCUCUAAAGUAUGGAUACGUACUAGUAUAUUUAGUAAAAGACAAUAGACAAUAGUAAUUUAGUGAGGGUAAAUAGUUAACGAUAACCGAGGU